AUGCCUACAAAGGGGGAAAGGGGAAAAGCGACGGACUUCAGCAUCGCGGCCAUCAUGGCGCCCAGGGGUCCGUCCUUCGGGCAUUACCACCUGCAGGGCAUUGGCAACGCCGCCGCUACCGCUAAUACCAGCUUGGAAUGUCCAACUGGCAAAGCAUUCGUCGCCAAUUCUGCUCUCGAUCACCGUGACCGGGUGGUGACAGGAUUCUGGGUGGUCGACUGUCGGUCGUGGCAAAAGGAAGCUGACGUCAGUAGCUCGGUCAUAUUUCUUCUUGCCUUAAGAUCAUGGAACGUGGGACCACCUCUUGGCGCUCCACGGCCAGAGUUUUAA